AUGGAUAGCAAUUUCCUCACCCCUAAUCAUCUCAUGGCAGUUAUGGCAGCUCGAUACGGAAACGCUCGUUGUCGGGAAAUACGCUAUUUGCAAAUCAAUUUGGUUUUCACGAGAGACUCAAGUGAAUCUCUCAUUUAUGAUAUUCUUCAACUGAAUGUGCUGCACACAAACCGCCUCAUGAUUCAGUUGGCACGAUAUUCGGGAUUUCGCAGUUUAGGCAACCUGAAAAUAUCCCUGCUCUCAUGUUCCCUUCUGGAGGCAUGGCAAUUAGGCACUGAAAGAGUGCUACAGCUGAACGAUUUACCUAUUCCAACCAACCGCGGGCAGUUGACACAAUAG